AGCGCUAAUGCUACAACCUACGAUGCUGUCGUUACAAUACCAUCCACACAAACUUGGUACGUAUGCAGCCAAUCUAAUGCAGUAAAGUACGAGGUGGAUUUACUUGAUGGAAACCAAAAAAAUACGAGUGGUGUAGGGGUAAUAGUUCCCGGUUAUCCAACACAAGCUGAUCCUGGUGCUCCUGCUGGAUUUUUAACUGUUCUUGCAACAAAGGAAGCCAUGAAUAAUUAUAUUGAUUCAAAUUUCUCUGGUAAUGUAAAUAUCGUGACAGACGCAUCAUGUGUCCGAUACAAACCAAUUGUUCCAGUUUCUAAUUGCACGAAGUCUGGUCCCGUUUCACCUUCCGAUACCUACUGUUUGGCGGUCACUAACCCGCAACCGAAAUCUAUUCAAGUUGGAGUUAAUUGCGUCUUCGAUGAUGUGAAAGUUAGCGCUACAUCAAAUAACACCAUUAGUACAAAAACAACCACUAUCAUUCCAACAAUUGUAUUGCCUUCAUCACCAGCAAGUAAUCCGAAAAAUCAAAGUGAUCCUGCAAAUAAUCAAAGUAAUCCUGCAAAUAAUCCUGCAAAUAAUCAAAGCAAUAAAAACACAAUGAUUUUAGGUGCAAUUAUUGGUGGAUCAGUUGUUGGCGUUGUUGCGAUAGUAAUUGGUGGAUUAAUUAUUUUUCUAUUUUAUUGGAAACGUAAAAACUCGACGAGUAUCAACAAUAAUAUUAGUGAGGACAAUUUAAGACAUGCGCAAUCAAACGAAGUCGUUUCGCCUGCUAUGGCAGAUAUACGACAUUACCAUUCUUCACAGGUCGUAAAUUAA